AUGCUGGUCAUGCACUACUCACGAAUCAUGCCCCCGACUGGCGACCACCGCUACUUCACAUCAACAGCUGUAUUCCUCAACGAGCUCAUCAAGCUCUCCAUUUCUCUAACCCUCGCCAUGUACGAGACAUCCAAGACUCUGGCCCCCAGCACUCCAGCCACAGUCCUCUUCGAGCAGAUCUACAAUUCGGUGUUUAACGGCGACGGAUGGAAACUCGCUGUGCCUGCCGCACUAUACACUUUCCAGAACCUCCUGCAAUACGUCGCAAUCGGAAACUUGGACGCCGUUCAGUUCCAGGUUCUCUACCAGCUCAAGAUCCUCACCACCGCCCUUUUCAGCGUCUUCUUGCUACGCCGGUCACUCGGACUCAAGCAUUGGGGGGCUCUAUUCAUUCUUACGCUCGGAGUCUGCGUCGUGUCUUUGCCUCCGAACUCAUCCGUGCCCUCGCUCUUCUUCCACGACACAACUGACCAAUUCUUUCCGCGUUCUUUGCACGAACUGGGCCAGGCAAGUCCCGAGUUGUAUCAGCCACAGUCACCCCAGUAUCCUUCAAAGCGCGACACAAGUGCUUUCGAAGAGGAGGACCUGGAAGGGAACUGGCUGGCCGAGAUCCUUGCUAAGCGCGAGGAGGAGGAAUUGGCCGAGCAAAAGAAGCGGGCAACUGAGGUCACUCGCACCAAUGCCAGGCAAACCAGAGCCCCUGUGAUUGAGACCAAGGCUACGGAGGUGGAGGAAGGCAAGGAACGUAAGGGUAGGUCUCUUCGCACGAAGCGGUCUGCAACGUACGAGGGUAUCACAGAGGACCUGGCUCCCCCAGAGCCCCUCAUGAACUACUCACUUGGCGUAACCAGUGUGCUCAUCGCCGCGGCUGUUUCUGGAUUCACAGGUGUAUACUUUGAGAAGCUGCUCAAGGAGAGCCCUACCCAAGCCAGUGUGUGGGUGCGCAACAUCCAGCUGAGUCUCUACUCUCUCAUUGCAUCCCUGUUUGGCGGUGUGUUUUGGCAGGACGGUGAGGGGAUCCGCGAGCAUGGAUUUUUCGAAGGGUAUAACUGGGUCGUCUGGACGGCAAUUGGACUGCAAGCGAUCGGAGGGCUGGUUGCUAGCAUGGUCAUCAGGGAUGCGGACAACAUUGUCAAGAACUUCGCCACAAGCAUCAGUAUUGUCAUCAGCUUCUUGGCAAGCGUGUUGAUUUUUGAUUUCGCUGUCACCUGGACUUUCCUAAUUGGCACGGGCCUUGUCCUCCUUUCCACGUACAUUUACAGCCUGCCUAAUGAUCGCAAGAUGCCCGGCCAGCGCCGCCCACCACCCAUCCGGAUCGCCAGCCUUGAGAAAACAGCCAUUACUCCAGCCAUGACUCCUCGGUUGUCUGCUACGCCUCGCCAAGAUCACAACAGGCUCAGCCUGCUUGACCCCUUGGAGACCAAGGGUCUGGGACUCACGUCUAGCCGACCUGCUAGCCCCAUGCUGCCUCGGACGGCAAGCAGAUUGAAUUUCAAGCGGGAUGAAUAA